CAGUGAGCAUCGCAAUUGCACAUUGGCAAUACAAUUAUUAUUACUUUUUUUAAUUUCAUUAUUAUUUCUCUCUCUCUCUCACACACUCCGAGUAAAACGGUUUCUCUCUCUAGAAGCAAAGCACCUCAACUCCACCUCGAAUCUUCCUCUUUCACAUUGACAUACACACACUCUGUAUAUGCGCGCGCGUCACCACUAUUCUGUUAAUGGAUUCCUUCUUUUCUCUACAAUUCAAACCAUCUUUUUCUUGGUUCAAUCAAUUUUUCCACUUUUUAUGAUAAUGUGAUGUGAUGACUGAUUCGUUCUCAUUUCAUAGCUAUGACUACGGAUUCUUCUUUAGAAGGUGUUUCUCUUGAUCCUUCUAAAUAUAGUAAAUUGGGUAUGGAGGAAAAGAGAGAGCUUGUAUAUGAACUAUCUAAAUCGCCUCAUGGUGCAUCUGAGAUGCUGCAGUCAUGGAGCCGUCAAGAGAUUUUGCAAAUCUUGUGUGCAGAGAUGGGAAAAGAAAGGAAGUAUACUGGUCUGACAAAGAUGAAAAUUAUCGAAAAUCUUCUAAAAAUUGUUUCUGAGAAGAAAUCAGGGCGCGAUGAUAUUGCCACAGAUCCUGAACCGCAUUCUUCUCCUUCGAAUGGUCAAAAACCUGCUAAAAGGCAGAGAAAAACCGAGAAUCCGUCGCGGUUAGCUGUUCCUGCUAACAAUGUUUCAGUCAAUAAUGGUGGCGAUGUUGGUAAUAUUAAUACCACAUUCUGCAAAAACUCAGCAUGCAAGGCUACCCUUAAUCAAGCAGAUGCAUUUUGCAAAAGAUGUUCAUGUUGUAUUUGUCAUCAAUAUGAUGACAACAAAGACCCUAGCUUGUGGCUAAUAUGCAGCUCCGAAGCUCCAUUUCCCGGUGUGUCGUGUGGCUUGUCAUGCCACCUUGAGUGUGCUUUAAAACACAAUGGUUCUGGAAUUGGCAAAGAUGGCGACCGCCCUAAACUUGAUGGAGGCUUCUACUGUGUGUCUUGUGGGAAAGUUAAUGAUUUACUCGGAUGCUGGAGAAAACAACUGAUGGUAGCGAAGGAUGCCAGACGUGUGGAUGUACUGUGUUAUCGUGUCUCUUUAAGCCAAAAGCUUUUACAAGGGACGGAAAUGUAUCGAGAACUUCAUGAAAUUGUUGAUGAAGCUGUGAAGAAACUUGAACCUGAUGUGGGUCCGCUGACUGGCUCACCACUGAAGAUUGGUAGGGGGAUUGUGAACAGACUUUCUUCGGGACCUGAGGUUCAGAAGCUCUGUGGUGUUGCUCUUGCAUCACUUGAUUCAAUGCUUUCUAAAAGGAUCUCGCCUCUAUCACCCAAUCCAACUGUUCAAGAUGCAAGUUUACUAGCUCCAAAUAUGGUGAGGUUUGAAGAUGUCACUGCAACAUCCCUUACUGUUAUUCUGUUAGAAGAUCCUUGUGGAGAAAACAAUGCUGGUUACACCGUGUGGCAUCGCAAAGCCGAUGAUGUGGACUAUCCUUCGGAACCUACUUGCACAGUUCUCUUACCAAAUAGAAGGCUUGGCAUCAGGGGUCUACUUCCAGCUACAGAAUACAGUUUUCAAGUUGUUUCCAAUGAUUUGAAAAAAUUGGUUAUGUGCGAAGUUCAAGUCUCGACAGAGCACGGUGAAGAUGAAGUCCCGAAUUGCUCAGCGACGGAAAGAAGUCAGAGCCCAGUAACCAACUGUAGCAGCCUUUCCAAUCCUUCAUCAGUGGAAGAUGAAACUAAUAACAGUAACCCGUAUAGCGACCAGACUGAUAAUCGGUCCGAUAAUUAUCCUUCUUAUCACAAGGAUAGUGACCAACUUGCUUCUGGAAAUCUAUCUAAUGAUGCGAUUAACUGUUCUGGUUCGGGCGGAGUGAAACUUCCCACCGUUGCAGAUUCCUUGUCAGACAAACAAGCUGCUGCUGUAGGACAGACUAGCACCAUACCUAGUUCUGAUGUACUAAAGCUUGAUAACAAGCAUUCACAGGACGAACAAGUAACCGAGGAUGUGAGCACCGACGAGGGUUUGAAUUCCCCGGUUCCAACGGGAAGGGAAUGUGUGCCGUUAGUCGCUAGCUCGGAAGGGGGAUUGCCUAAUACUCCCUGCAAGUUGGAAAUACUUAAAGACGGUCCUGGAAGAAACGGGAGAUCCAAAUUCAAUGGCAAAGAUCUAGAAAAUGGAUCAGGGAAAAAGGAUGGUCCUCGAAACGGAAGCACAUCGAAGAAGAGAAGCGGUGAGAGACAAGACGAGGGCUGCACAGCAAAUGCUUUUUCAGAUCGCGAUUUUGAGUAUUAUGUGAAGGUGAUUAGAUGGUUAGAGUGUGAAGGACACAUAGAAAAAAACUUCAGGCAGAAAUUUCUGACUUGGUACGGCUUAAGAGCAAGCACACAAGAAGUAAGGAUUGUGAAAAUAUACGUAGAUACGUUUCUUGAAGAUCCGGCUUCUCUUGCUGAGCAACUUGUGGACACCUUCUCAGAAUGUAUAUCAAGCAGUAGAACAUCAGUGGUGCCUGCAGGGUUCUGCAUGAAGCUUUGGCAUUGACCAGAUUUUGUAGGUCCAGCUACUAGCCUCGAAGCUUGAAGCACUCCUUGGAUGUGAUGAUGAAGUAAUUCUUUAGAUUUCUAAUAUUCUUCAUUUGGACAGUUAUCAAAUAUAUUUAAUUUCAACAUUGUUAUUCAUAUUGAUGAUGUAAGAAUCUUAGAUUUACUUAAAUUAUACAAUUGCUAUUUCAAACUGAUAAGUUUUUAGUAGAUUAAUAACAUUGAAGGGUUUAUUUAUGCGGAA